GUCAAGAGUGGAACUUGAUUGAUCUACCGUGUUACCACAAACAGUACUUUGUCAAGGUAUCGUGCGGCAGACUCCAUGUCUGAGGGAGGCGGUGGUAACAGAUUUCUUCUUCUUAAAUUCUCUCUGCAAGGAGCAAUAGAGAAGAACGAAGCUGAUUUUUGCGUCAACUACAGUUAAUAUAUUCCUUUUUUUUCUCUAUAUUUUCUCAGAUCAGAAGGUUUAUUAUUAUGUGGCCCAAGUUGAAAUCAUCUCUGAGGAAAGGUGGUUCUCCUUCUCCAAGACAGCAAGUUGGGAGUUGCGUGGGAAACAAGUUAAGCGUGAAUGAGGAAUACAUGGAAGCCUUCAGGACCAAGUCUUACAUAGACAUAUGGAGCAAAGUUCAGGAUCAACUGAGAACAUGCACCACAAGCGAAGUAGAGAAAUCCUCCCCUUUGUCUCCUUUCCAGUCCUACGCCCGUCUCUCCGAUUUCUUGCUCGAACCUCGGCAAGAGAUCCUGAUUGAAUUGAUCGAAAACUCCCAUCUCCAUCACCUUCUCAUCGAUUACUUCGACGGCAGCUUAGAAGCAUGCAGAAUCUGUGAACUCCUCCUCCACAGAAUCAAUCAAACACGCAAUAAUUACUGCAUUAUUCAAAGGAUUAUGAACCUGACAAAGACGCUCCCAGCAGAAUACUGCGAUUACACCGACGAUCAGUGUCGAAUUAUAUUCCGUGAACUCGACUCAUUCGCGACGCUCGACAACCCGCUUUCCGACACAAGCCCGGUGCAAUUCCGUUUACUCCAUGAAAGAUAUGGAUUGAUGCUGAAGCAGCUAACCUUAAAGCGUAGAAGGAUAAUCAGAAGAGGAAGGUUGAUCCGGUUAAGCAAGAACGGUGCUGGAUUGAGCCUUGUUAUCGCUUGCGGUGCACUUGCGGUGGCGACCCUAGUUCUUGCCGUGCACACAUUGAUCGGCAUUGUGGCGGCACCAGGGAUACUAACUUUCUCUGUAGCUUUCAUGAAGAAGAAAUUGAAAUCUGCUCGAAUUGGGCUGAAGACAAGCAAGCUCGCAAGGCUUGAAGCACAGCUCGACGCAGCUGCUAAGGGGGUUUUCAUACUGAACAGGGAUUUCGACACCAUCAGUCGGCUGGUGGUGAGGUUGCACGAUGAGAUAGAGCAUGGCAAGGCCAUAGCUAGGAUGUGUUUGAGGAGCCAGAAGAGGCAGAUACUGGAGGUGGUUGUGAAAGACUUUGAAACCCAUGAGUCUUGCUUUCUGGAGCAGCUGGGGGAGCUUGAGGAGCAUGUUUACUUGAGUUUUCUCACCAUCAAUAGAGCUAGGAGGCUGGUCAUACAAGAAAUAAUGGUGCACCCACAAUAACAAUUGCACUAUUGAAUUCAGAUAGAUAGAUAUAUUGACUGUGUUUCUGCUAACAGGUAUGAUGAUGAUGAUGAUGAUGCAUGCAUGCAUGCAUGGAGAUGAUGGUGAUUUAUAAGUUGCCAAUUAAGUUUGACUGAAUCCAGAACCUGUGAGAGUACUGCUCACUCUAAAGAAUUAGUUUUGUGACUUGGUGAAUCUACCUGAACAAGAUGACUCAAGCCUGCAAAUUAAAUUAAAAUUAUUCAUUGGUUUGUUAGCUUUCAGUUCCUUUAUUUAUUUUUGGAAAUACAAUGAAUUGAAGAGGUAGAUAUGAGUUCAUUUGAUUGAAGUGAUCCCAUAACAAGUCUUGUACAGAGAAGAGAAACA